UGUUUGAUAAAAGCAGAUAUUUAUAACUGCUUCUUACGUUUGGUGAAAACAUGGAAGUGACAUAUAUCUUAUUCUGUGUAGUUUGUCUUUUAAUGAUAGAAAAUGGCCAGGGUAAUACAUUUUGGGAAUAUAAAAGACUUUAUAGACAUCUAGAGGAAAACUUUGACAAAACAAUUAGACCAGUCAUUAAUCAGUCUAAAUCAAUUAUUGUAGGAAUCGACUUUAACUUACAGGCAAUUCAAGGAUUAGAUGAAAAGGAACAGGUCUUACAGUCUUCAAUUGCUCUAACGUGUAACUGGAAAUAUGAAACUUUAGUUUGGAAUGAAUCAGAAUUUAGUGAGAUUAAAACAAUGUAUAUAUCACCUGUAGACGCAUGGAUACCCGAUCUUAUUGCAGGCAAUAGUAUUGACUCAUUAUACGUCCUGACAGAAAAUCGCGCGGACAUGUUACAAAUUAAAGUUGAAAGUAACGGUGACGCACAAUGGUAUACAGGAGGAAAUAUCCGUACAUCUUGUAAUGUUGGCAUCACCAAAUACCCAUUUGAUGUUCAACAUUGUACAAUUGUGAUUUCAAAAACAACUCCGGACACUGAAGUUCACAUUGAUGCUUUACGUGAUCAAGUAAUAAGAGUUUUAUAUAAGGAAAAUGGUGAAUGGGCUUUGGAAAAAUCAAUUAUUGAGAAAAGAGUGAUUUUUGGAUAUACAACAUUUCUUGAUAUAACUUUGACUCUUAAACGUCACUCGUUGUUUUAUGUUCUUAACAUUAUAGUUCCCGUUUUCCUUUUGUCAUUUAUGAUCGUAUUGUGUUUCAAGAUACCAGUAGCGAGUGGGGAACGAAUAAGUUACAGUAUCUCUUUGCUCCUCACCUUUGUUGUGCUGCUGAAUUUGGUCAGUGACUCCAUGCCUCGGGUUCCUAAGCAUAUAUCUUAUCUUCAAAUAUAUAUAAGCUAUCAACUGACAGUUGCCGUGGUAAUAACAUCCGUAUCUAUUUUACUAAUAAGGGCGACACAUAUUCACGACGAUUCACUAAGCUCUAGCCUUGUUUCUGUCUACAGCCAGUGCUAUAAUCUUAGCAAGAGGCGAAAACUUGUUACCUCUAGACCUGUUGAAGCAAUAGAGGUAAAUGAAGACAUACGAAAAACCGAAAGCCCAAAACAUAGCAACACUGAUACAAAGUCAAAGACGGUCACAAGACCUGGUUCCCCCGAGCGUAGGAAGUUUUUUGUUCACCAUAUCGAUAAUCUUCUAUUCUUUGUUUUCGUGUCUUUGUUUGUAAUCUCCACGCUUUUGUUUAUGGUUCUUGUCUUACUAUAACUAAUAAUUAAUUGAAAGAGACUUUUGAAAUAUGUUUUCUAAACCAAUGACAACAUUAUAGUGAAAUGAUCAGAUAAAAUGGCAUGAUUUAUUAUAUAACUUUAACGACAUAUAUAGUAUGCACAAAGAAUAAUAGAAAAACAUCUUCAAAUGCAUUGUUUACAAAGCAGAUUAAUAUAUUAACAUACAAUAUUGUCGAAACAUGUUUAUCAAACACGUGGCUAUAAAAAUUACCUAGAAAAUACAUGUCACAGGGUCAUAUUGAUGUGUUAAUGUUAUAUGCUAUUUGUCCAUGUAUGUCCGUAUUGUAGACCGUAGAUUAUGUUAUUUACAUAUCCAUAUCAAAGCUGUUGUAUCUGUUACUGUAUAUAUAUAUCUUGUGAAAUCCUAAUAUUUGUGUCCCUUUUCCUAUAUUUCAUCCACUCAUCCUUUUAUUCAUUUACUCAUCCAUUCAUUUCUUCAUUCAUUCAUUUAUUACCAAAUAUGUACUGAACACUGGUACGGGCCUCAAAUCUAAAUAUUGUAUUACCUUCACGCAUGCGCACUUGUACUGAAGAUUUUCAUGACGCGAGCCAGACUUCAUAUUGUUUGAUAAUAAAUAUUUUCUGAGAGCGCGUCUCUAUUUUUUUACAGCAACCCUCAAGCCAAGAACCUCUUAGCAGCACCUUUCCCUUAUAAUUAGAGUGGAC